CCUUUCUGGAUCCUUUUGUUUCCGCCUAGGGUCAAAGACACCCCCCCCUCCCAAAAAGAGCUAUAAUAAUCCUCGUUAUUUUUCUUUUCUUUUUUUUUAAUUACAGCCCUUGCAGAAGAGAAAGAACUUAAGUGGCUAAUAUUUUGCAAAGGAGACAGAGAGACUGAUACUGCGAUAUAGCUCUGAUUUCUCUCCCUUCUUCCCAAUUAGAUGCUGGUUUUAAUUGCAGAGGGUAUUUCUCUUCUCAUGCUUUCAACCAUCUCCUCUUUCCCACAGGGGAGGGUUUCAUUUGCAAGUUGAUCCUAAGGAUUUCUGUUCCUCUGGCAUUUCUCUCCCCUAAAUGCGUCUUUCUGCUCUUAAGUUUGUGGAUGGGGGGCAAAAUUUUCUAGUUCUUGCACGAGGAAGGCAGAAAGGACCUUUUCUAUGGAAAGAUUAAGACUAAAAAGCAACGAUCGCUCCGACUAAUUCUAAUGGGCAUUUCAGAGAUUCAAGGAAGGCUGCAUCACCACCGUUAUUAUUACCAUCCCUAGCUCUUCUCUGUGCCCAUAGAUUUAAAAUAUCUGGUGAAAGGAAGGGUGAAACCAUAUGUUGAAGGAGCUGCAUCUCAUUAGUACAGUAUUAUUUUCAUCUGAUUGGAGAAGAAUGGUGUCUUCAUUCGGAAGCGUAUAUAGUAGGAUAGAUAAUUUAUCGGCUGUUUUGUAAACAUCAACAAAUGAUGAAACCUUCCACGGCAGAGACACUUCAUAAAGGAAGGAUGUUGUGGAUAAUUCUUCUAAGCACAAUUGCUCUAGCAUGGACUACACCCAUUCCCUUAAUAGAGGACUCGGAGGAACUUGAUGAGCCCUGCUUUGAUCCAUGUUACUGUGAAGUGAAGGAGAGCCUUUUCCAUAUACAUUGUGACAACAAGGGAUUUAUAAAUAUUAGUCAGAUAACAGAGUCGUGGUCGAGACCUUUUAAACUUUAUCUGCAGAGGAAUUCCAUGAGGAAAUUGUACACCAACAGUUUUCUUCACUUGAACAAUGCUGUGUCUAUUAACCUUGGGAACAAUGCACUGCAGGACAUUCAGACAGGGGCUUUUAACGGGCUCCGAGUUCUGAAGAGGUUGUAUUUGCACGAAAACAAAUUGGACAUUUUCAGAAACGACACUUUCCUGGGCUUGGAAAGUCUGGAAUAUCUGCAGGCAGAUUACAAUGUCAUUAAACGGAUUGAAAGUGGGGCAUUUCGAAACCUAAGUAAAUUGAGGGUCCUUAUCCUAAAUGACAAUCUUAUCCCCAUGCUUCCCACCAACUUAUUUAAGUCUGUGUCCUUAACCCACUUGGACUUGCGCGGGAACCGGCUCAAAGUCCUUUCGUACCGCGGGAUGUUGGACCAUAUUGGCAGGAGCCUGAUGGAGAUCCAGCUGGAGGAGAACCCGUGGAACUGUACGUGUGAGAUCGUGCAGCUGAAGAGCUGGCUGGAGCGCAUCCCCUACACCGCCUUGGUGGGGGACAUCACCUGCGAGACCCCCUUCCACUUCCACGGGAAGGACCUGCGGGAAAUCAAAAGAAGUAAGCUCUGCCCCAUGCUGUCUGACUCCGAGGUGGAAGCCAGUUUGGGCAUCCCUCAGCUGUCGUCCAGCAAGGAGAACGCAUGGCCUACAAAGCCUUCCUCCAUGCUGUCCUCCUUCCAUUUCACCGCCUCCUCUGUUGAGUACAAAACAUCCAACAAGCAGCCCAAACCCACCAAGCAGCCCAGGGCGCCCCGGCCUCCCCCCACAUCCCGGGGCCUGUACCCGGGGCCGAACCAACCGCCCGUGGCUGCCUACCAGACCCGGCCCCCCAUCCCCAUCAUCUGCCCUACCGGGUGCUCUUGCAGUUUGCACAUCAACGACCUGGGCCUGACGGUCAACUGCAAGGAGCGAGGGUUUCACAACAUCUCUGAGCUCCUGCCCAGGCCCUUGAAUGCCAAGAAGCUGUAUCUGAGCGGGAAUUUGAUCCAGAAAAUCUACCGCUCCGAUUUCUGGAAUUUUUCCUCUUUGGAUCUCUUACACCUGGGGAACAACCGGAUCUCCUACGUGCAGGACGGAGCUUUCAUCAACCUGCCCAAUCUCAAGAGCCUCUACCUGAACGGCAACGACAUCGAGCGGCUCACGCCGGGCAUGUUCCGGGGCCUGCAGAGUUUGCAUUACCUGUACUUCGAGUACAACCUGAUCAGGGAAAUCCAGCCGGCAGCCUUCAGCCUCAUGCCCAACCUGAAGCUGCUCUUCCUCAACGACAACCUGCUCCGCACCCUGCCCACCGACGCCUUCGCCGGCACCUCCCUGGCCCGCCUCAACCUGCGCAACAACCACUUCUUGGCGCUGCCGGUGGCCGGGGUGCUGGAGCACCUUCACGCCAUCGUCCAGAUCGACCUGAAGCUCAACCCUUGGGACUGCACCUGCGAGCUGGUGCCGCUCAAGCAGUGGCUGGAGGCCCUCAGCUCGGUCAGCGUGGUGGGCGAGGUGCUGUGUGCCAGCCCCGAGCGCUUGGCCCGCAGAGACCUCCGCUCCCUGGAGCUGGCGGCCCUCUGCCCCGCCGCCCUCCGCCCUCCCGCCGCCGCCUCGCCGCCCGCCGCCCCGCCGCCCCCCGCCGCCACCGGCCCCGCCGCCUACGAGCUCCCGCCGUCGCCCGCCGUCCCGCUCUCCGUCCUCAUCCUCAGCCUCCUGGUUCUUUUCUUCUCCGCCGUCCUGGUGGCCGCCGGGCUGUUCGCUUUCGUGCUGCGCCGGCGGCGGAGGAAGCUGCCGUUCCGCGGGCCGCGGGGAGAGGCGGUCGAGCUGGGGGGGGUCCCGCUGCGCUGCCCGCGGCUCUGCGAGGAAGGGGGCGGCGAGGGGGGCGGCGGGGGAGCCGGGGGCGAGCGCUCCCCGGAGAAGGCACCUCCGGCGGGCCACGUCUACGACUACAUCCCGCACCCGGUGACCCAGAUGUGCAACAACCCCAUCUACAAGCCGCGGGAGGAGGAGGAGGAGGCGGCGGGCAGCGGCGGGGGGGAGGCGGCCGAGCUGCUGCGGGGCCCCGGCGAUCGCUUCGCAGCGGCCGCCGCCGCGCAGGAGCCGGGCAGCAACUACCGCACCUUGCUGGAGAAGGAGCAGGAGUGGAGCCUGGCCGUCUCCAGCUCGCAGCUCAACACCAUCGUGGCCGUCCACCCCCAGCACCCCGCGGGCGGAGGGCUGGCGGCGGGGGCCGGCGUGCUCGGGGUCGGGGGGGCGGCGGCGGCGGCGGGAGGUGCCCCCCGGGACCGCGACCGCCCCCCGCCCUGCGCCGUGGGCUUCGUGGACUGCCUGUACGGCACCGUGCCCAAGUUGAAGGAACUGCACGUCCACCCCCCUGGCAUGCAAUACCCGGACCUCCAGCAGGACGCCAGGCUGAAAGAAACCCUUCUCUUCGCGGCCGGCAAGGGCUUCUCAGACCACCAAACCCCCACAAGCGAAUACCUCGAGUUAAGGGCCAAACUCCAAACCAAGCCGGAUUACCUCGAAGUCCUGGAGAAGACCACGUACCGGUUCUGACCGCCGCCCCGCCGCCCGCCCCGGCCCCGCCGCCCGCGAGCAGAGGAUGCAGCUGUGUGCUCUCCCCGCCAGAUGUGCGCUGCGGGGAAGGGCCGCUCUCAGACCAGUGAUCGAUGAAGUGCCUUCGCAGACUUUUGCCAGCAGAUGUUAAUCAAUCAUUAUUUUUUAUACCGAAACUGAGACUUUGACUGUGCCAUGUCUAAGUGACCAAAAACCUGGCCGCUUUGGAAAGUGGAUAGUAUUGGCAAGAAAAGAAAUAUGGCAAGUAAAGGUAUUUUUUAGAUCCAGUUUGUGUUAGUGUUUUCUUUAAAGAAAGGGCAAGUCACAGCUAUUGCCUCCUUGUUCUGCAGCCCUCACUGAGAAUAACUAAAGGCACUAAUUAAGGCAGAGUCAGUCAUUGUUCCCUUUGAGUUUAAUUCUCCCCUUUCGUUUUAAACUGACACAGUCAGAAAUGUGGAUGGAUCUAAUGUAUGUGUAUAUAUAUAUAUAUAUUGCUCCUGUGAGCAAUGAGGGGCCAUGAUACUACAGGCAGUGAUGCUGGGAGGAAUGGCAUUGGCAUGGCUGGGAGAAGGGUUAAGCUGUGGCAAGUGGGAGCUGUGCCAAGGCUAACAGUGCAAACAGCACCUGGACGUUCAGCAUCUGGCUGGGUCAGAGCCAGUCAAUAACAACAUGCAAUUCUUGUUGAAACCUCUCUUUUUAGAGCAGGUAAACAAACAACUCACAGAAUCCUGUUUUCCCUGCUUUUGGCCCAAAUUCUCAGCCAGCUUGCAGGUUGCUGGCAUUCUCAACAUGGCUUUUACCUGUCUGCAUGCACGGGUAGUCAUUUGGCUGGCAGCAAGUUCGAGCACCUGGGUUUGCACAUCGACCGUGGGCCUGAAGUGGAGACCAAUUGCAAACACAGUUAUCUCUGUUGGGUUUUUCUAGAGAGUGGUGUUUUGCACCUCAAGACUUCAGUCUGUAAGCUGUACCAGCUGGAUUGCCUUCCUGUCCCUCCACUGCCUAAGCAGCCUCCCGAGGUUAGCCGUGGUGGGAUGACAUGCCUUGUGCUUUGCCAGCCCCUACAAGCCAGCCAAAGUCUGUUUCAGCCUUCAGAGCACAAGAGACUGGUAAGGUGGAUCUCUUGACAGGUGUGCAUCAGGGAGAAGGAGGAGAUGGUCCGUUUGCAGCAGCCUAGAAUGAGGUGCUGUUAACUCAAGGCAGGAGUAACUGCCUCCCAUGUCAUUACGGCUGCUGGAAGAGGGUGGCUCAUGUUUGAAAUGGAAACGCUGGAACCAAGAAUGUACAGGAUUUACAUACACACUGUGUGUCUAUGUGUGUAUACAUGUGUAUAUAUAUGCUUUCAUGUUGAAGUGUAGAAGUUGGUUUUUGGAAAGUUCCAGGAGAUUCAGGUCUGUGGCUUGCUUUGGACUGUUAUUAAAAUAAAACUGGGGACAUUUUGGUUAUGGAGCUAAAAGUAGAUGCAUUGAGACCUACAUUCUUAAUGUAGGUCAGUGGAGGCACUUCUCAGACAGACGAGCAUUUUGGACACCUCAGCAGCGUGUUGCAUCUCCUAGGAUAGUAGAUAGUUAGUAGAGGCAGUGCAGAAACUGCUGCAUCCCAAGUCAUUCAGAAAGGUUGCCAAGUUUGUCAGGAACCAGAAUGGCAGAAUAAUGAGGAUUAUAUUUCAUUUGGGAUGGAAAGGCAACUGUGGGAAGUUCAGCAGAGCAACUCAGAUCAUCUUGGCUCCAUGGGGGAGGGAGAAUGUAUAACUGGCUGGCUAAAAAGAAGCAAGCUGUGAGUGCAUUUGUGUGUAUGUCUGUAUUUAUAUAUAUAUAUAUGUAUAUACAAAUCUGUGUAUAUAACACUGUGUGUAGAUAUGUAAGUAUGUAUAUGCCUACAAUGUAUAAUAUGUGUAACUACAGAUAUGUAUACAUGUAUAGAAAUUUAUAUUUCUCUAUAUAAAUAGUCAUGCAACUAUGGGAAAUAACAUUUCAACAGUGUGUCCUUUCCAUGGCAACUCAACAAAAAGCUGCUUCCGUUAAUAUCACAUGGGCCCAGAUGUCUUAAGUUAUCUUUUCUAUGUAGAAAGGAGUGUUGCUUAGAGGUUGAGCACAAACCUGGAAGGUUUUUACUAUUCCAGAGGACCUGAGUAAGUUAUUAGCUGCUCCACAGCUGCUCUACAUUUGUGAAAUUAAGUGGUGACCAAAAUGACUUAGGGCUGGUUUUAAAGGCAAGGGAAGGUGAUUGCUGACUGCUUUGGGAAGCUCUGUCAAGCUCCCAGGGUUUCCCUGCUGAAAUAACCAUGCUAGGAAUUGUUCCAGUUUGCUGUUAGUGUUCCAGCUAAUGCUAAUGGCUUCUGAACAGAGGAAAAAAAAGAUUAAUUUCCUGCUCCAGAGUAAGUUAUCUGAAGUCUUAUUACUCUGACUUGCUGAUGUAUGGAUUUCCAUUUUGGGUUAGGAUACUUGGCUGUAAUCUGAACUCGGUGAAUGUCCAGUUCAGGAUGUGUCUUCUGUGUUAUAAUUGAUUUCAAAUAGUUUUGCUUCAUCAUCAGAACAAGCUAUACCUUAAUUCAUGAUAAGCUCCAAGAAUUUCUCAGCUGGAAACCCAUUCCUAUCAGUAUGAAUCUUGCACUUGCCUUCAGUGGGGUUGAGUCAGACCAGAGUGUUUCAGUAAGUGCUGACAUCAAAACAGUCUUGUAGCUGUGCAACUAUGAACUAAAAUUGUAAUUUUGUAAUAAAAG